UGGUACAAGGCUAUUCACAACAGCCUUGUACCAUGUGACAAGCUGUGACCAAUCACAGCUCACUCAGUACUUCUCAAUGAGUUUCACAUGUAGUAAGCAAUGAUGUCACAAGGGACAUCUUGCUUACUACUUUGCAUGUGAUCACUGAUUGGCCAAUCAGUGAUCACAUGAUCGGGACCUCAUACAGAGGUUCCGUUCGACGAUCGGCGUUUCACUGUGUCCAGAGGAGCUCGCACAAGCAGGGUGCGGGGAGGACAUUUAUAAACAGCCACCUGACCCUGCACUGCCACCGUCCGGUAGUUUAUAUACAACGGGAGGUGGUUAAAAAA